AUGGCCACACAGCGAAUCCUCCUUUUCGGCGACCAGGCGGACGCCCCCAUUCCUAUGAUCCGUCGGGUAGUUGAGAAGUCAAAGCAUUCCAAGAAUCUCAAAUCCUUUCUGCAGUGCGCGAUCGACCAUGUGCAAGUGGAAGUUGGCAAACUCACACCUGUCGAGCGGGAGACCGUGGGCUCUUUCCAAAGCGUGCAGGACUUGACAACGUCAUUGACGACGAAGUCCGACCGUUUUGGAAUUGCCCAAAUGGUGCUGGUACACGCGGAAAACGACCCAUCACUCCUGAGCAAUGGUAGCCAUUCCAUGCCGCUUCUCUCCCUCGGAAUCUGUGGGGGAUUACUUCCAGCUGCCACAGCGGCAGUGGCAACGAAUGUAGGCGAAUUGAUCGAGGUCGCUAGCUACCUCGCCGGCGUGAAUUGCCGGGUCGCGGCGACGAUAUCGCGGCGUUCGGUGCAGAUCGAGGACGAUACCGGGAGUUGGGCCUUUUCAGCGCUCGGCAGCGUUGUUUCCCAGCUUCCACAAAUCCUUGAGCAGUUCCAUAAACAUGAAUCAAUUCCCCGGCAUCGACAGGCAUAUAUCGCGAUUAGCACCCCUACGUGGGCUACCGUCUUCGGACCACCAUCAGUGCUAAGAAGGCUCUUGGAGACAUCUACCACGUUGAAACGCAGUGAGAUAAGCAUAUUGCCCGCGUUUGGCGCUGUUCAUGCCGGACAUUUAGCAGCGCCAGAUUUCGACGAAAUCGUAGCAGAGAGCCCCCUGCUUGACCGGGUAAUUAAGCCAAAUUUCAAGCUGAUCUCUGGAAGCAAAUAUGAACCUUUCACCAGCUCUACCCUGAGAAAGCUUAUGCCGGAAAUCUUGAUGGAUAUCUUUCAGAACAGCACAAAUCCCGCGCGGCUGUUUGAGGUAGGUGGAUCCUACCUGGAAAAGAGUAAAGGGGUUUCACUCUACAUGCUUGGCGCCACGAGCUAUCUGGUAUUGCUUAGACGGUCCUUGCAUUUGCAAGGGCUCAAGGUGACAUUGUACACCGGUGCCCCCAGUAUUCCAACUUCGGAAAUACGUGGGGGGUCUGGGGCGGUCGCCAUUAUUGGCAUGUCAGGCCAGUUCCCCGGAGCUGAUAGCAUUGACGAGCUUUGGGAAUCGCUAAUGAGGCGUGAUGAGCUCCAUCGAAAGAUCCCUUCUGAGCGGUUCAAUGCCGAUGACUACCUAGACGAGACGGGACGAGGAAAGAAUGCCAUCACCUCAGCCUUGGGCUGCUUUCUCGAACGUCCCGGUCUAUUCGACCAUAAGAUGUUUAACGUCUCACCCCGAGAGGCAAUUCAAAUGGAUCCUGGCCAACGGUUGCUGAUGCAUGCUGUCUAUGAAGCCCUCGAGAAUUCUGGUGUUACCAACAAUGGCAGCCUUGCCACAGACAGCAAACGCAUCGGUACCUACAUCGGCGAUGGUAGCGAUGAUUGGAGAGAGCUCCAGCAACCACAUGGAGUCGAUAAGUACAUCCUUCAAGGUACCCAACGUUCAUUCACACCCGGACGCUUGAAUCACCACUUCAAAUGGGAAGGAGCGACAUUUUGCGUGGAUUCUGCUUGCGGUUCGACCGCGUCAGCCGUGGGAUUGGCAUACAGAGCACUCAUAAACCGGGAUUGUGACACAGCCAUUGCCGGAGGAUCCAAUAUUAUCGCCACUCCGUUCUGGCACUCUGCUCUAAGUAAGGGUGGCUUCUUGUCUCAGACGGGAGGCUGCAAGACCUUUCGAGAGGAUGCAGAUGGGUAUUGCCGAGGAGAAGCGAUUGGAGUCGUGGUGAUGAAACGGUUGGAAGAUGCCAUUCAAGACAACGACAAUAUUGUGUCAGUAAUCCGUGGGUACGCCCGGAACCACUCAGCAGACACUGUUUCUAUUACACGUCCUCACGUUCCGACCCAAGAACGAGUCUAUCGAAGUGUCCUCCACUACGCUGGUUUGGAGCCAAACGAUAUAGGCUACGUUGAGAUGCAUGGAACUGGCACGACCGCAGGAGACUCCGCAGAGCUGGAGUCUGUUGUUAAUAUUCUGGCCCAAAAAGGUGCUCGCGAAAGUCCUCUGGUGGUGGGUGCCAUCAAGGCCAAUGUGGGACAUUCGGAGGCUGCCUCAGGGAUUUCGUCUAUCAUGAAAGCAGCCAUAAUGUUCCGGAAAGGCAUCAUUCCGCCUCAGGUUGGAAUGCCUGAGAAACUCGGGAAAUUUGAUUGCCUAGAUCAGGGAUCUAUCCUAAUUCCCGGCGCCCCUGUUCAAUUCUCGCGUCAGGCAAAUGGAAAGACACGCAAAAUCCUUGUGAAUAACUUCGACGCCGCGGGAGGGAACAGUUGCUUCAUUUUGGAAGAACCGCCCAUUCCGGCAAUUAAAGACUCCGAUCCUCGCUCUCACCACGUUGUUGCAUGCUCGGCACAUUGCCCUGCAUCCUUUGAGCAGAACAAGCGACGGCUACUUGAUUUCUUGACAGAAAACCCAGAUACCAACCUCGCGGACUUGGCGUACACAAGUACCGCUCGCCGGAUGCAUCAUUCCCUGCGAUCAGCAUAUUGGGGAGGCAGUACUCAAGACAUCAUUGACGGUCUGAAUAGAGACCUCACCCGAGGGACUCAAGCGGAUAAAGGAACCCCACCUGUUGUAUUUGUGUUUACGGGACAGGGAGCGCAUUACGCUGGAAUGGGUGCAGACCUCUUCAGGACAUCGCCGCAGUUCCGGGCCACAGUGUCAAGCCUUCAACGAGUAUCUACCGCCCAUGGAUUUCCACCAUUUGUUCAUUUGAUUUCAAACCCUGAUGUGGAAAUGGCAAGCGCUAGUAUUGUUCAGAUUCACCAGGCAUUGAUUGCCCUGGAGAUUGCCCUGGUUGAACUUUGGAAGACCUGGGGAAUUGUCCCGGACCUGGUGAUCGGCCACAGCAUUGGCGAGUACGCCGCGCUUUUCGCCGCCGGUGUCUUGUCGGCAACUGAUGUCAUGUAUCUAGUGGGCAAGCGGGCCACACUGGUUCAUAAAAGUUGCACAGAGGGCACUCAUGGCAUGCUCUCAAUCUCGGGGACUGCUGAAGAGAUUCUUGCUCUCACUUCAGACGAGAACGUGGUGUCUAACUGCGAAGUUGCAUGCUUCAACAGUCCUGGAAUGAUUGUUCUAAGUGGAGAACGCUCGCAGCUGCAGCUGAUCGAAGACCAGCUGAAGGAGCGUAAUAUCAAGAGCAGGUUUCUGGACGUGCCCUUUGCUAUGCAUUCGUGUCAAAUGAAUUCUAUCGAGCACGAACUUCGGGAUGUAGCUAAUGGUUUGCGUUUCGGCAUCCCAAGGGUCAAAGUUAUCUCGACUCUAUUGGGCAAAGAGCUCACGGAGUUCAAUGGCGAUUAUCUGGUGCGACACACUAGAGAGCCUGUCAAGUUUGACCAGGCAAUUGCGCACUCACUUGCCGAACACCUCAGUGAGUUAACACCACUUUGGCUGGAGAUUGGGCCGCAUCCCAUCUGCCUUGGACUUGUGCGGGCCAAUACUAGUGUGUCACCUGAUCGUUCCCUCCCGAGUCUCAAGAAAGGCGAGAAGAACUGGAAAACCAUCUCUACUAUUUUGGCGGCGUCUUAUAAGGCCGGAAAGUCUCUUCGCUGGCGAGAAUACCAUCAGGAUUUCUCAAACUCAUUGUCUCUGAUCUCGUUGCCAAAAUACGCAUUCGAGACAAGGAACUAUUGGCUCUCAUACGAGCCAGGGGUGAGCCAGGCCGAUGUGCAACCGAUUUCUUCCUGCGUGCAUCAUCUGGUGAAACGGGAGAACAAUGGUGAAGAGCAAACAGCCCAGUUCAAAUCAGUGAUCUCGCAGCCAUGUUUAUUGAAUAUGAUCGAGGGCCAUAAGCUGUCUGGCAUCACUGUGUGCCCAGCAGGGGUGUUUAGCGAAAUGGCUCUCACAGCUGCACGAUAUAUCCUGACUGAUGGAAAUCCUAAUGCGCCAUUCCCGGCGUUUUCAGUAUUCGAUACACAAAUUGAUCAUCCGAUUGUGCCCGAUGCCGAUUCUAAUCAGGUUGUUCAAGUGAAUGUCAGUCAACGGAAGUCAUCAUUGAAUGAGCUCGCAGUGUCGAUAGCAGAUCAAGCUAAACCGUCCAUCGUUAACUCAAAGUGUAUUAUUCGUCUGAGAGACGAACAGGGUUUCAAGGCCGAGCGACAGGCUUUGACUUCACUGGUGCAACCUAAAAUCUCCAAGCUGGUGAAGGCUGCGACUGCUGGCCUGGCGAAUCGCUUCCAAGGGAAAUUAUUCUAUCGGCUCUUUGGGAACCUCAUGGGCUAUACGGAACAUUACGAAGGGGUCAAGGAGGCUAUUGUCAGCGAAGACUUCACCGAAGCUCUCGCAACCAUUCAACUUCCUAAACUCCACGGCUCCGAUCAGUCAGUCACGUUGUCCCCCUACUGGAUCGACGCACUUACACAUCUGGCUGGGUUCCUGUUUAACGGGAACCCAAUGAGCUCCGCGGAUCAGGUUUACAUCGGCACACACAUGGAGCGCAUGGAAAUCGUCGCUAGCGAGUUGUCACCUGACGUUCGAUACCAGAGCUAUGCAUACAUCGAGCAUCCUGAAGGAUCGGAUACGUACAGUGGACAUGUGUACAUUCUUAAUGGUGACUCGAUCGUUGGGUUUCUUGAAGGUGCCCGCUUUCGAAAAAUGCCGCGACACACACUUCAUCGAAUCUUAGGCAAGGUCGAUCCCCCGAGGUCCGCUAAACAGUCUCCUGGAUCAUCUCCUCCAGUGGCAUCCCCGAACACAUUAGCCAAUGGUAUACAGACCAAUGGACAUGUAGAGGCAGACACCCCCUCCAACGGAGCAAAUAGUCAUACGGCGACUCUUUAUUCCUCUUUGAUAGAGAGGCUGCUUGAGGAGACCGGAAUGUUAGAGGACGAGUUGACACCGUCCACUUUCUUUGCUGAGAUUGGAGUCGACUCGUUGAUGAGUAUUUCUAUUCUGGCCGCGGUCAAGGCAGACACUGGUGUGGAGUUGGGUGCGUCAUUCCUCAUGGACCAUCCCACCCUCGAUGAUGCCCAGAGGGAAUUGCGCAAAGUCGAAAAGCCAGGCGCCGGCCCCAUGGCACCGCAGACAAAUGGCGAUUCCAAUGGCGGAGCAAAUGGUGUCUCUCGCAAAUGCAACGUUGUACUCAUGCAAGGGCCUUCGAGCUCUUCACGCCACCCACUGUUUCUAAUUGCCGACGGGGCUGGCUCUGCGGCGGCUUACAUCCACCUGCCCAAACUGGGCCAGGAUCUGCCCGUUUUGGCAGUCGAGUCACCGUGGGUACACGACCCGGAGAACUUUACAUCUAACUUCAGCGACACCGCGGAUAUAUAUAUCGCAGCGAUUCGCGCAAAACAGCCUCGGGGACCGUACUUGCUAGGAGGUUGGUCCGCUGGCGGAGUGUUUGCAUACGAGGUUGCACGACGCCUACUGAAUGACGGCGAACAAGUCCUCGGACUGAUCAUCAUCGACAUUACGGGCCCUAAACAUGAAGACAUGAGCAAGGUUACGGCUCCAACCAUGGAAAUUAUUGACCAGAUUGGUAUGCUGAGUGGAAUUGAACGCAGCUACGACGACUCUUCGGCGCAGUCACGCCGGCUGAGGCAACACAUGCUGAGCACUGUGACGUGUUUUAGCAGGAUGAAGCCAACCUCGAUGGCACCUGACCGGCGACCAGACGCGACGUUCAUCAUCUGGGCCACGAAGGAUAUUAUGCCCAAAGACAAGGCAGACCACGCGGCCGAGUUGGGUCUUCAUGCUUGGUUCUACCCAUCACCUCAUGAGUUUGGGCCCAAUGGGUGGGAUGCCCUUGUCGGAAACAAAACGGAGUUCUUCCAGAUAGAAGGCGAUCACUUCUCAAUCAUGGGUCAUCCCGAGGUUGGAAAGCUCGGCGAAAUCAUACGGGAAGCUGUUGCUAAGUGUAGUUAA